AUGGCGCCCCGGCGUCCCGCCGAGCUGUACCGGGCGCCGUUCCCGCUCUACACCGUGCGCCUGCACCCGCGGCGGCCCCUCGCCAUCACCGCCGGCGGCGGAGGCGCCGCCAAGACCGGCAUCCGCAAUGGCGUGCACUUCCUGCAGCUGGAGCAGAUCGGGGGCCAGCUCAGCGCGUCGCUACUGCACUGCCACGACACCGAAACCCGCGCCACCAUGACCAUGGCGCUGGCCGGGGACGUCAUUGCGGCCGGGCAGGACAACAGCUGCCACAUCCUGCGCUUCAGCCUGCAGGAGCCCGAGGGUCCGGCCACCGCCGGGAAAGACGGCCCCGGGGACAGGGGCGCGCGGCGGCGGCGGGGCCCCGGCGGGGGGGCCCAGGGCAGCGCGCCGGGCCGGGCCCGCGAGGUGAGGGUGGAGAGCCUGCAGCGCGUGCGCACCGACUUCAGCCCCGACGCCCUGCAGAAGGCCGUGAGCUUCAGCGCCGACGGAGCCCUGCUCGCCACCGGCGGGGCUGACGGCUUCCUGCGCCUCUGGGAGUUCCCCAGCAUGAAGAAGACGUUGGAGUUCAGAGCCCACGACGGGGAGAUCGAAGACAUUGCGCUGGGCCCUGACAACAAGCAGGUGGUGACGGCCGGGAGGGACUUCCAGUGCUGCGUGUGGCAGCAGGACCAGCUGGUGACAGGGCUGCGCUGGCACGAGAACCUGCCUGGCAUCCCCGACAAGGCCUAUCGCUACCAGGCCUGCCGGUUCGGGGCCGUGGAGGGCAGUGCCGGGGCUCUGCGGCUCUACACGGUGCAGGUGCCCCACAAGCGGGAGCGCCGCCCCCCGCCCUGCUACCUGACCAAAUGGGACGGCAAGAGCUUCCUGCCGCUGCUGACGCGGCCCUGUGGCUCCGAGGUGAUCUCCUGCCUCUCCAUCAGUGAUUCGGGCACCUUCCUGGGGCUGGGCACGGUGACGGGCUCCGUGGCCAUCCACAUUGCCUUCUCGCUGCAGAGGUUGUACUACGUGAAGGAGGCCCACGGCAUUGUGGUGACCGACCUGGCCUUCGUCCCCGAGAGCCGGCCCGGGCGGGAGCUGCUGGGGGGCCACGAGGCCGCCCUGCUCAGCGUGGCCGUGGACAGCCGCUGCAAACUGCACCUGCUGCCCUCCCGCCGCUCCCUCCCUGUCUGGCUGCUGCUGCUGCUUUGUGCCGGGCUCAUCGUGGCCACCAUCUUGCUGCUGCAGAUGGCCUUCCCAGGCUUCCUGUAGCCCCCUGGCCCCCGGAGGGGCCCCCUGGCACCAGGAGCGACUCCUCAGCCUCCGCCUACCCCACACAGACUGUGAAGGACACGAGGGACCACCCCUGGCCCCGCUGUCCCCGCUGGUGCUCGGGGAGCAGAUGUGGGUACAGGGAUCCACGCAGAGCAUCGUCCCUGUGGGACUGUGCUGGCAGCACUGCAGGGCUGGCCCAGGGACAAGGGUGUCUCCUGCCCUAGGAGAAGAGCGUCCUGCUGGCCCCCCGCCCUGCUGCUGCCAUUAAACUGGAGCAUGAAGGCA